AAGCUUUGAGUUCAUCGCCGGCAGAUGCUAAAAACGCAUCGAGAAAUAUAAUUGUGUUCAGUUUAUUUUGAUUUCCUUGAGUCUGCUGAACUCCGGCUCCAGUAUGGCCGGUCUGGUGAAGAGCGACACGGAGGACUUUAUCGACUGGUGGCAACACACGGUCUUCUAUCAGAUCUACCCAAGGUCCUUCAUGGACAGCAAUGGCGAUGGUAUCGGCGAUCUGAAGGGAAUCACCUCCAAGCUGCGCUAUCUGGCGGACACUGGCAUCACGGCCACCUGGUUGAGUCCCAUUUUUCAGUCGCCCAUGGUUGACUUUGGCUAUGAUAUAUCGGAUUACAAGGCAAUCCAGCCGGAGUAUGGCACCAUGGCGGAUUUCGAGGAGCUGAUCGACACGGCCUUCGAGCUGGGCAUCAAGGUUGUUCUGGACUUUGUGCCGAAUCACAGCUCGGAUCAGCAUGAGUGGUUCAAGAAGUCUGCGGCCAGGGAGCCGGGUUACGAGGAUUUCUAUGUGUGGCACGAUGGCAUCGUCCAGGAGAAUGGCACUCGAGUGCCACCCAACAACUGGCCAUCGGUGUUUUACGGAUCCGCCUGGAAGUGGCACGAAGGUCGUGAGCAGUACUACCUGCACCAGUUCACCAAGGAGCAGCCGGACUUGAACUAUCGUAAUCCCAAAGUGGUUCAGGCCAUGGAUGAUGUGUUGCUUUUCUGGCUCAACAAGGGCGUAGCUGGUUUCCGCAUCGAUGCAGUGAAUCAUUUGUUCGAGGACGAAUCUCUUAAAGAUGAGCCAUUGAGUGGCAAAACAGGGGAUUCACUCUCCUAUGACUACACCGAGCACAUCUACUCCAGGGAUCUGCCAGAAGUCUUGGAAAUGAUUCAUCACUGGCGGCAGCUGCUGGAUGACUUUAGUGCCAAGCACCCCGAAAGACCCACACGCAUCAUGAUGACGGAGGCGUACGCAGGACUCACCCAGCUGGCGGACUACUACGAGGAUUCCAACGGGGUUCGGGGCUCCCAUCUGCCCUUCAACUUUCACUUUAUCACGGAUGUCAAAGGCGACUCGGAUGCGCGUGACUAUGUCUACAACGUGGAGAAGUGGCUGAUCUACAUGCCACGCGGGCACGCGGCCAACUGGGUCAUGGGCAACCACGACAACCCCCGGGUCGCCUCUCGAUUCGGUCCAGCCAGUGUGGACGCCAUGAACAUGCUGCUGCUCACCCUUCCCGGUGUCGCCGUCACUUAUAAUGGCGAGGAGCUGGGCAUGGUGGACUACCGCGAACUGAGCUGGGAGGACACGGUGGAUCCACCGGCCUUAAAUGUUGGAGAGGAGCUCUACCAGGAGGUCUCCCGGGACCCAGUCCGAACACCGUUCCAGUGGAGUAACGAGACCAAUGCCGGUUUUUCCACCGCCACCAAAACCUGGCUGCCUGUCCACCCAAACUACCUCGAGCUCAACCUGGAGGCCCAGAAGGCGGCCAACAGGAGCCAUUACCACGUCUACAAGGACCUGCUUGAGCUGCGAAAAUCGGCCAUUAUGCGUGUGGGUCGAUUCAAUAUUGAACCCCUUACUCGUUGGGUGUUUGCCUUUAAGCGGUCCUAUCCCAAUUUUGAGUCGAUAAUUACCGUGAUAAAUGUGAGCGACAAGGAGCAGUUGGUGGAUCUCUCAGAGUUUCUCAGCCAGCCCAAGAAACUGGUGGUUGAAGUUUCCGGCGUGGAUUCCAAAUAUCAACCUGGUCAAUCCCUCGCCGCAAGUGCAUUGCUCCUGGCCGCCCGUGAGGGUCUCGUCUGUCGGCUGGUCUAGCCGGGAAUGGGAUUAGAGGAAUUACCAGCUGAUGGCGGCAAACUUUGCUCUUUAAUUGCAUUUCCAGUUCAAAAUGUCACGCGAUUGAAUACAUAAUGGGGGAAAAUUAAUGACCCUAGA